AUGUGCAGAGUGGCUGAUAUAGUGAGAACAUGUCUUGGACCCAAGGCCAUGUUGAAAAUGCUGUUAGAUCCCAUGGGUGGAAUUGUGUUGACUAAUGACGGACAUGCUAUUUUGCGAGAGAUCGAGGUCACACAUCCUGCUGCUAAGAGUAUGAUUGAGUUGAGUCGCACUCAGGACGAAGAGGUUGGUGAUGGUACUACGACGGUGAUUAUUCUGGCAGGUGAGAUUCUCGCUCAGGCAUACGGUCCUUUAGAGCGUAAUAUCCACCCAGUAGUUAUCAUCUCUGCUCUUAAAGAAGCAUUAAAAGAUGCUCUUGAAGUCAUCCACGAGAUUUCAAGACCUAUCGAUGUUGAGAACGAUGCUGCCAUGGUCAAACUUAUCAGUGCCAGUAUCGGAACCAAAUUUGUUGCUAGAUGGAGUACUUUGAUGUGCAAACUGGCAUUACAAGCCGUCAAGACUGUCAUGAGAACCGACACUAAUGGCAGAAAAGAAAUCGACAUCAAGAGAUAUGCAAGAAUCGAGAAGAUCCCUGGUGGAGAAAUCGAGGAUUCCAGAGUGUUGGAUGGUGUCAUGCUUAAUAAGGACAUCACCCACCCUAAAAUGAGACGUAGAAUAGAAAACCCUCGAGUGCUGUUAUUGGACUGUCCUUUAGAGUAUAAGAAGGGUGAGUCGCAAACCAACAUCGAAAUCACAAAGGAAGAGGAAUGGAACCGGGUUCUGCAGAUCGAGGAAGAGCAAAUCAAGGCCAUGUGCGAGAUCAUUGCUUCUUUCAAGCCCGACCUUGUCAUCACCGAGAAGGGUGUUUCAGACUUGGCUCAACAUUAUCUGUUAAAGGCCAAUAUCUCUGCCCUACGAAGAGUCCGUAAGGGUGACAAUAAUCGUAUUGCCAGAGCUACUGGUGCCACUAUUGUGAACCGAGUCGAAGAUAUCCGUGAAUCGGACAUCGGUACCCAGUGUGGCUUGUUCAAUAUCGAGCUCAUUGGUGACGAGUACUUUACAUUCUUGACUGAAUGCGAGGAUCCUGGUGCCUGUACUAUUCUGUUACGUGGUCCUUCUAAGGAUAUCUUGUCUGAGAUCGACCGUAACUUACAAGAUGCCAUGUCUGUUGCCCGUAACGUAUGCUUUGAACCCAGACUAUCGCCCGGUGGAGGUGCCACUGAAAUGGCUCUUUCCGUGCGACUGGCCGAAAGGGCCAAGGCCAUUGAGGGUGUCUCGCAAUGGCCUUACAAGGCUGUUGCCGAUGCUUUGGAGGUCAUUCCUCGUACUCUUAUCCAAAACUGUGGUGGCAACCCCAUCCGAGUUUUGACUCAACUGCGUGCCAAGCACGCCGAGGGUCUCUAUACAUACGGUAUCGACGGCGAAAACGGCAAGGUCGUCGACAUGAACGAGUAUGGCAUCUGGGAACCCGAGGCCAUCAAGCUACAGUCAAUCAAAACCGCCAUCGAGAGUGCCUGUCUGCUCCUAAGAGUCGACGACAUUGUCAGUGGUGUCCGCAAACAGGGCGAAAAGACUGGCAGACUCCAGGGCCCUGAAGACGUCCCUGCUUCCCAGGAGUAA